GUUAUUAUAUUUACUCAUCAUUCACUUUAAAGGUGCUUCCUUUGAAGAGACUUUCUCCCUUUCUCCCUCUCUCUCUCUUUCUUUCUAGGGUUUGUCAACUCUCUAUCCAUCUCUACCUGUAAUAUUGUUUCAUAGCAAACUUCAAUGAGGAAACCUUGUUGUGAGAAGAAAGAGACAAACAAAGGGGCAUGGUCGAAGCAAGAAGACCAGAAGCUCAUGGAUUAUAUCCAAAAACAUGGAGAGGGUUGCUGGCGUUCUCUCCCUGAAGCUGCAGGCUUGCUUCGUUGUGGCAAAAGUUGUCGAUUGAGAUGGGUAAAUUACCUAAGGCCAGACCUUAAACGUGGCAACUUUGGUGAAGAUGAAGAGGACCUCAUCGUCAAACUCCAUGCGCUUCUUGGAAACAGGUGGUCAUUGAUAGCUGGGAGAUUGCCGGGCCGGACAGACAAUGAAGUGAAGAAUUACUGGAACACUCACCUUAAAAGAAAACUAGUUCAGCUGGGGAUGGAUCCCAACAACCAUCGCUUGGGACAGCUCACCCGACCAAGCAAAUCUUUUGUGCCAAAUAAUAAUCAUACAUAUAAAGCAGUGAAUUCAAACUCUCAAGCCUUGAAUUCUACAAGUGACCCUGUAGAGAGCAACACAAGCAGCUUACCUGACCUGAAUCUUGAUCUCACUAUAGGCCUUCCACUUGUGAAUUAAUGUGAAGAAGUUAUUUUUGCAACAGACGUUGUCCUUUUGUCUUUAUGUGAAGAAGUAAUUUUUUUUUUUUUUUUUUUUUUUUGUGCGCAAGUUAGAAGGAAUAUGUAGCACAAACAAAUUUUGAAUUUUUUGCAGCAGAAAAUGGACUGCAACACUAAUCCAAUCUAGUAUGAGGUAUUAGUCAGUAAUAUUUGAUGAUAUUUAUUCCCAAAUGUGACAUAUUAAAUGUUUCACAUGAAGAA